CGGCCCAAGCCACGCAUGAAAGUCGGAUUACCCUUUCCAUCGAGGAGCGGCGAUCGGAUGCAGAAGCGGCUGCUCCGUGCAAGGCCAUGGCCGUCGACGACGAUGUGAACAGCUCGAUUCAAGCAGCUUUGAUUGCAUUUGAAAGAGCAAGGAAAUUAUUACAGAAAAUAUGCAAGCCACCAAGGACGCCAGACACGAUGUUCCUAGAAGAGACAGUUACAGCGGCGCGACGUCUCGAGCGUCAUCUAGCUCAGAGUGUGAUGAGAAUCAACAAGUCCUACGAUCAGGGCUUGAGCGAUUGCGGUAAAGCCUUUAUAGAAGCUCUUGCUGACGACCAAGCGAUGAUAAACAGAAUCCAAAGCUUCUCGCUAGGUCUUAUGAAUCAAGUCAUGAAUCUACAAGAAAGCCUGGAUGAGCCAUACACACUCAGCUCGGAGUCAAUUCAAGUGUUAAGAAGCGAAAUGGACAGAUGCUGUACCACAAUACUUGACUUCUUCGACAGACUUCUGCUCGAGUUACAGAUGGAAAAGAUUAGAGACCAUCCGAAUGGGAUCUAUUCCAUUGAUGCUACCAAGGCAAAUCCUCAAUUUUCUCCAAAAUCAGGUACUCCUCGGUCACUGAGUUGGCAGAGUCAAAUCGGGAGCCCUGUCUCACCAAUGGAUCAACCACGAUCUCCCCGAAGCCCACACCAGUUCAGUGACGGAAGUCCAUCAAGCUCCAGGCACAUAUCCGCCUCCCAGACAGAAGACAGCCGUUUCUCGGUCGUCUCUGGACUUUCCGAAUCCCCGAGUAACGAUCUGAUGCAAACGACACCCUCCCAACGACUGAUUGCAACAGAAGAAGUACGACGACAUCUCGAGAAAAAUGAGAGGUUUCUUGCACGCCGCCGUCAGUCGAAAGUGGCAUUCCAGGAAGAACUCCAGGCACUCUCUUCAGCUUGGAGUCCUCGUCCAUCAUCUGAUGGGGAGGGCAAUAAUGACGUUUUGGGUUUAGCUUCAACAUUGAAGCUACCAGGCUUUGGCAUGAACGUUACUGAUGGGAUCGAAGCGAUGAAAAGGGAGUCAACCAGCACAAGCGUGGCAGAUGGCCUGAUGCUCGUAAACGAAUCCAACGGACUGACACCGUCGACGAGUACCUUCUCCGCACAUUGCGUCAUUAGCCACGACAGUUCAUUUUACAGAUAUGGUAGUUUUUGCGAAGGAGCAAAAUUGGCUUCGAAAGGCCAAAAGUUCUACAAGGUGGUCAAACGUCCCGAAGGUAGCAAGUUGAAUCCUGUUUACGAGGAAAUCGCGGAAGAUGCACCUGCGGUACAAUAUGUGGGUGCAUACAUCGCCAGAGUUACAGCAAGAUGUCUCAAGUGCUCGUACGAAGCUGACUGGGCCACAUUCAGAAAGAAUAAUCUAUGCGACGAAUAUGAUCACCUUGGCUUAAGAUACAAGCAAUCAUUCCUCUCGAAAUGCCAUCUAAAAGUUAAGAGCAUGAAGGAUAGUGUAUAUGCGUGCGUGUUCUGCGUCGAUGACAAGAAAACACCCGAAGUCCACGAUGCCACCAUCUUCUUCUCCACAGCACAAUUGAUGCGUCAUAUCGCCAUGCGUCACAAGCCAACACACCAAGUUGACAGCAUCAAGGUUGGCUAUGGUACGCAUACCAACCAAGACUUUGACCUCUACUUCAAAAACCAGGAAGCCCAACCCGAUCCCAUCAACAAAUUAUGCCCCUAUAUCAACUCGCUACCUACCGCGCACGCAACCCAGGCACAUCACCCAAAGAGCGGCAGCAAGUUCCACCCGCAAUCUCCGGACGGCAGACCAACAUUGCAAUUCGCCAUUGGGGCUCAAAUAGCCGGCAUCACUUUCCCGGUAGAGUUCAAUGGCCAAUGGUGUUCCGGAUACCACGACUGCUCAAAGGGACUCUUCCCAUCCGAGACCAUGCAGCUUAAUCCGCCAUCUAAAAACGACAUCAUCAUUAACUCCAAGUCUUCAUUGACGGCAACAGCAAGGUGGGAUCAUAACCCAAAAGACACAUCAGCUGGCUGGCUUGUGUUUCCUCGAAAGGAGAAAAUUACGCAUAUCGAGUAUCCCUUUGCGGACUUUUGGUGCUGGUCGGGACGAAAUCCAAAGGGAAAGUUUGGAUUCUUCCCGAAGGAGUUUGUGGUGGUCGAUGAGACUUCGAAUGAAGGCGGUUCAGGGAUGUCGAAAGACGGGGGAGAGCGGGGGCAAAGGUCGAGGCGAUUGGGAGGGGUGCUUUCGGGGUUUCAGAGCAAAUUGAGAGCGAAGGGGAGUAGUGGAAAAGGGAAGAAAACAAGUACGAGAUAGUCUGAUUGGGGGAUGUUUUGAAAAGAGAGUGAAGCAAUCUGAGCGAGCAAGCCAGGUUGCGGAGCCGGUGGUGCUCGGCGCCAGAGCCGGGGCAAGAGCCUUGCAGGAGUAGAACCGAGGGAGGAGAGGUAGUGAUAUAGGAGCUCAGAUACGAAGGUUUCUAUUGCCAAACGAGUUUACGUUCCAACGAGCACGGACUAGCCAGUGGAAUAAUGCUGGAUCCUUCCCCUGAGAACAAGGAAGAAGCAGUUCGGGUUGAAUGUUCUGAGAAUAUGAUUGCGGAUACCAGACCAAAAGUCUCAAAGACACGGUUAAGGCCAGAAAACUAUUUCAAUACGGGUGGGGGAAAGCGAAG